AUUGACAGUUCUAUGCAAAGUGGCAAAGUGGAGAGCGAGUUAAUUUUGUUUUUAGUUUCAUAACAAUAUUUACAAGUUUAGUACCAUGUCCUCAACUGUUCCACUUAUUGUGAGAUUAUUAGCUUCUUCAGUUUCGGUCGCUAAUAGAGCAGGAAAAAUUGUUCGAGAUGUUAUGAGCAAAGGAGAACUUGGCAUAGUUGAAAAGGGUAAAGAUGAUUACCAAACCGAAGCUGACAGAUCUGCUCAAAAAUGUAUUAUAGCAGCACUAUCUGCUCAGUUUCCCAAACUGAGCAUAAUUGGUGAGGAAGACAGUCCAGAAAAUGAUACGGAAGUUCCAACCGAUUGGCUCGUGGUUGAUGCAGACAAGGAGGUGCUGACUUUGAACUGCCCUACCAACCUCCAGGGUGUGAAGGAGGAAGAUAUAGUUGUAUGGGUUGAUCCUCUUGAUGGCACUUCAGAGUAUACUCAAGGUGCCCUAAUGUUGAAGAGGAAUCAUUGGGAAAGAUGGAAAAUGUAUUUAAUGCAUCCAUUUAUUAGUAUCAAGUGGUAUUUAAGUUUACUGCAAUCAAACUAUGGUUUUCUAGAACAUGUAACAGUAUUAAUUGGAAUAUCUGUCAAUGAGGAGCCUGUAGCUGGGGUGAUCCACCAGCCCUACUAUAAGUCGAUGAUUGGGGGCGAGAAAAAAAUGGGCAGGACAAUAUGGGGACUCAAAGACGCGGGCGUCGGGGGCUUCACGCCCGCCCCGCCUCCCGACUCUCUCAUAAUAACUACCACCAGAAGCCACUCCAAUCCCUUGGUAGAAAAAGCUCUUCAAGUUAUGAAUGCUUCUCAAAUUCUCAGAGUGGGUGGUGCUGGUUAUAAGGUGCUACAAUUAUUGGAAGGGAAAGCUUCUGUCUAUGUUUUUGCUAGUGGUGGAUGCAAGAAAUGGGAUACCUGUGCGCCAGAGGCGAUCCUGUCUGCCUCCGGCGGCACGCUCAGCGACAUGCUGGGCAACCGGUACAAGUACGGCGCGUCCGUGGGCAAGCCCAACAAGACGGGCGUGCUCGCCGCGGCCAACCCAGACCUCUACAACUACGCCUUGAGCAGAAUACCACAAGAGCUCAAAGAAGCUCUAGCGAAAUGAGAUCGUACGUCCGCGUAAGCGCAUUAACGUUGUUGUUAACUUACUAUGUACAAGGUACACAAAUCAGGUGAUAAUAUGAAAAUAAAAAAUGUUUUCGAAA